AUGUCUGACGAGAAACCAACUGUUGGUGGUGACGAGCACAAGGAGAUUGGCUCAAACCUCAACGACGCUCCCUCUAUUGCGCAGGAGAAGGCCACGGAUGCGUUUGCAGACAUCAACCAUGUUGCGCGCCUGGGCAUGCCCAACGCGGCGGAGCUGGAGAAGAGGAUUGUGAGGAAGCUGGACAUGUGGAUGUUGCCUCAGCUUUGGAUCUUGUACAUGUUCAAUUACCUGAACAGAACGAACAUUGCGCAGGCGCGUUUGAACACGUUUAAUGAGGAUCUUAACCUUGGAGAGGGAGAUUAUCAGACCGCUGUUGCGGUUUUGACUGUGGGAUACAUGCUUGCUCAGCUGCCGUCCAACAUGUUGAUCACUCGUGUCCGACCUUCUAUCUUUUUGCCUGUCGCUGCAUUCAUCUGGUCUGCCAUCUCAGCUUUAACCGUUCUUUGCACCAGCGCUGGUGGCCUUUGGGGCGUCCAGUUCGUCCUUGGUAUCGUCGAGGCUCCUCUCUUCCCCGGUGCCGUCUUCCUCAUGUCCUGCUGGUACACCCGUCGAGAAUUCGCCCUCCGCGUCGCCCUCCUAUACUCCGGUCUCGUCCUAGCCCAAGCCUUCUCUGGCCUCAUCGCCGCCGGUGUCUUUGCCGGUCUUGAUGGUCCCAUGGGUCUCGCUGGCUGGAAGUGGCUCUUCAUCAUCGAGGGUGCUGCCAGUGGUUUCUUCGCCAUCACUGCCUUCUUUGUCCUGCCCAACUACCCCGACUCUCCUACUGGCGGUGCUACGCGAUACAUGACUGAGGAUAUGCGUAAACUUGCUGCUGCGAGAAUUCUCGACGACAGAGUUGAGUUCUCUGAGAAGUCGACCGUCAUGCAUGGUCUAAAGCUUGCUGUUACCGAUCUCAAGCUUUACAUGUUCUUGUUCAUGAACAUCUUUAUCACUUCGUCCUAUGGCUUCAACAAUUUCUUCCCCACCAUUGUCAGAGGUCUUGGCUUUGGUCAUAACGUCACGUCGCUUCUCAUGACUGCCCCUCCCUAUGUCUUCGGAACUCUUUGCACUUUCUACGUGUCAUGGGACUCUGAUCGCAGAAAGGAUCGAGGUCUUCACAUCAUCAUCCCCCUCUCCUUUUCAGUUGUUGGUUUCAUUGUUACCGUAGCUACUGGCAACGCGGCUGUUCGUUACGCCAUGACCUUCCUCUACGCAGCUGGUUGCUUCUCCGCCAAUACCUUGCAGUAUACCUGGGCUGUCUCUACUCUUGGUCAGACUCCUGAGAAGCGAGCCGCUGGUGGUGCCAUUGUAAACAUCUUUGGUCAUCUUGGCAACGUCAUCUCUCCCUAUUUCUUCCCUGAUAGAGAUCAACCUCGAUACACCAUGGCCAUGAUCUUGCAGAUUGUCUUUGCCAGUCUUGGUAUUACCCUUGCGUCUAUCAUCAAGUGGCACUUGACCAGGAAGAACAAGAAGUUGAAGGCUGAAGCUGAUCGUCUUGGCGUUGACUUCAACCCCUUCACUACUUGA